GUCAGUGUUGUCCUGCAUGACGCGCAGGCGCAGUGCAGGUGUUCGUCAGCGUGGGGAUUGUUCAGACGUGUUUCUCUAAUUCAAUCUCAUUUAUUCUCGUUUUUGUCUUAUUAUUGUCUCAUUAAAAAGAUGAAAUUGCUGCAUAAACUGCUGCUGCUCUUACUGGCGUUUCCCGCAGCGCUGCUGAUGAAAGGUCUGGUGGUGGCUGCACAGGAUGCGACUGAGGACGAGGAGGCAGUGGAAGAAGAUAUGGCUGAUGAUGUCAUAGCUGAAGAUGAGGAUGAUGAAGCAGAAGUGGAAGAUGAUGAAAACACUGAACUAACUGAAGAGAAAGAGGAGGAUGAAGGUCUGGUGGGAGAGAUGAAGGCUUCACCGAACGCUGACUCGACCAUCCUCUUCGUCAAAGGAGAAGAUUUUCCUGCGAACAACAUCGUGAAGUUCCUGUUGGGUUUCACUAAUAAAGGCUCGGAGAACUUCGUCGUGGAGUCUCUGGACGCUUCGUUCCGUUACCCGCAGGACUUCCAGUUCUUCAUCCAGAACUUCACGGCUCUUCAGCUCGGGACGGUGGUUCCUCCACAGCGUCAGGCCACGUUUGAGUAUUCCUUCAUCCCGGCUGAACCCAUGGGAGGUCGACCCUUCGGUCUCGUCAUCAACCUCAACUACAAAGACAGCAGCGGAAACGUGUUCCAGGACGCCGUGUUUAAUCAGACGGUCACUAUCACAGAGAGAGAGGACGGACUCGACGGAGAGACGAUCUUCAUGUACGUGUUUUUGUCUGGUCUCGGUCUGCUGGUUGUGGUCGGUCUACAUCAACUGCUCGAGUCACGCAAGAGGAGGAGACCAGCAGUUAAAGUGGAGAUGGGAACAUCAAGUCACAAUGAUGUGGACAUGAGCUGGAUCCCACAGGAAACACUCAACCAGAUCAAUAAAGUGUCUCCCAGACAGUCUCCACGCAAGAGGACGCAGAAACGCUCGGCCGGAUCAGAUGAGUGAGGAGACGUGACAACCGUCUUUAUCAUGUGACUCAUCUGUGUGUUCUGUUGGGAUGACACAAACUCGUCCGUCACUGAACACUGCGAGAGACUGAUCCACAACACACACACACACACACACACACACACACUGAUACACAACAGUACAAACCCAUUUGUUAAUGUACAGAAUGAGUGCAUCAUUGAAGAGGACGUGGGCUGUUAAAGCUGCUGUAGUCUUGAGUUUAUUUCUGAAAUUGUCUGCCAGGAUUCUUCUGAUCGAUGAUCUUCAUGAGGAUUGUGUGAGGAGCGUUAAGAUACAGAACACGUGUGUGUUUGUUUGCAUUUGUCCAUCAUGUGUGUUUGUUUCAGCAACUUUUUUAUUCAGUUUAUGAAUUGAUAUCGACUGAUUUUAAACAUGAACAAAUUAUUCAUUUGCUUUCAGAAGGUACAUGAUUUUUCUUUUUUGUGAAUGAUUUUUGAUUUGUCAUUUUUCUCUGUUUCACACGCAAGCGGUAAAUUAUUUACACGUAUGAUUGGGAGACUUUAGCGUGUUGGUGUAAAACUGCGCUCAUAUCUGCUGGGAAACUGAUCGUGUGUUUCUGAUGUUUGUGUGUGUGUGUCUGUGGGAAUAUCAGCACUGAACACACAAACAUGUGUCUUGACAUGAGUCAUGCGUUUCUCUAAUGGUUUAUUCUCUUCAUCAGCUGCAUUUCAGGAAGAUCAUUUUUGUUUCUAAUUUUCUUCAUUCUUUUUUUUAAAAACAAGGUAAUAAAAUGAAUAAAGUGACAGUAAUGUGAAUAUUACAUGAGUGAGUGCUGUGAGAUGUACAGUUCAACAAUUUAUUUGCAAAAAUAAACAUGAACAAAUGAACAAGUGUGUUUAUA